AUGACUUCUUCAACGUCGGAACGAAAGCUGACACCAGAGAGCGGGCCAGUGUCGGGGGAGGACCUUGCGCACAAUGCGACAACCAGCCGGCAAGCGAAGCCCAAGCGGCGCAAUCGCGUCAUCCUCUCGUGUCUAGAGUGUCGGCGACGGAAGAUGAAAUGUGAUAGAGAGGAACCCUGCACGCCCUGUGGCACAUCAGGGCUUGAAUGCGUCUACGUCGCGAACCCGAAAGACGGGGAUGCCGCGUUUCGUCAGCAAUUGGUCGAGAUGAAAGACGCGAAAGAUGCGCUGGAUGGAUCGCUCCGACCCGGUUCCGGCGUCCUAGUUCGUCCUCAGCGGGGGACCUCAGCGCGACGAAAGCGAGCCAAAGGUAGUGAGGUGUCCAGUGACGAGUCCGAUAGCUCUGCCGGCGAUGCAUACCUACCACCUACACCGCUGGCUGUGCAAGAUGCUGCGUAUGGCGAUGGGGUAGAUGAUGAUGUGAUUGAUGAUCUCGGCGUGAGAAUUGGCCGCAUGCGCCUUGGAGAGAGAAUCGGUGGCCUCUUUCGUCCGAGGAUUGCGGACGAAGUGUCGAGUACGCUGGAUCCAGCCCCGCAGGGUCGCCUUCUGACUGGAAUGACAAUGGAACGCCAUCACCAGCGACCUUCCCCGGAGGCGUCCAUCAGCCUUAUUUUCGGUCAAACUACUACCAGUGCCCAAGUCACUGACCACAUCCCCCCUCGCCAUAUUGCAGACUGGCUGCUAGACCAGUACUGGAUCGCAGUCCAUCCAGUCGCACGGGUCGUCCACCGACCGUCCUUUAUGCAGAGGUAUGAGACGCUGUGGGAGUGCGUCGGGAAUGGUCAACAGGUCAGCGCGUCUCUUGUCGCUAUCGUCUCGGCCAUAUUGCUCUCUGCUGCGUUGAGCAUGGCGGAUGACGCGGUUCUCGAAGCAUGGGACACUUCUUGCGCAGCGUUGGAAACCCAGCUCAAGAUCGGUACAGAGCAUGCGCUGACUAGAGCACAUGUGCUUCAAUCCACCAGGCUUGAAGUUUUGCAGGCCUUUGUUACGCACAUGCUUGCCACAUCCGUUGCGCAAAUCACUCGGGCCCAUUCGGUCCUCUCUGGGAUGCUAGUGAGGCAGGCCGAGUGUAUGGGCCUCCAUCGCGACCCAACAGAGUUUGGUUUCUCGCUAAUCGAGUCUCACGUUCGCCGCCUGAUCUGGUAUCAGGUCUGCUACCUGGAUCUCAAAACCAGCGAGGUCCAAGGCCCUCGAGCAUUCAUUCACCACGACGGGUACACGACACAGUUACCACUUGACAUGGCGUUGCUCAAUAAAGGAGCUGUAUGGAACGACUUGAUUCUGUCGAUGAUCCGCUUCGAAUGUCAGGAAAUGCAGCGCCGCUGCUACACACACCGCAACCGGGUGGAUCUGAAACGAAUGACAUUAACCAAGGCAGUCUCCAAGAUUGACGAAUUCCGUGUGGCAAUGGACGCAAAGUACGGUCCAUAUAUUAACGGUCCCUCACAGACCCCGAUGCAGAAAAUGUCCAGCCUUUUAUUGAAGCUCUGGGUUAGCUUGCUGUAUAUCCUCCCACUCCACCGGUACAUGAACAGCGUCACGUAUCGCGUGCCCGACCGUCUGCGUCAGAUCGUUCUGAUGAAAGGGACCGAGGCCCUGGAAGCUGCCGUCGCACUCGAGACCGAGGAAGAACUCAAGGUCUGGGCGUGGUACGCGCCCGCCUAUCAGCAGUACCAUACCGCGUUCUUGCUCCUUGUCGAGGUGUUCAACUACCCCCGUCGGCGUGAAGCAAACCGCAUUUGGCGUUGCUUGGAAUUCAUCUUCGCGGAGCCACUGGCCAAGCUACCGCCAUUCCCAUUUGUCACUACAAAUCCGACGGCGACGUUUGACGAGAUCAUCGAGCGCCGCGCCGUCAAAGCUCGAUACCUGCUCACCAUGAUCUCUGAUCAGAUGCGCGCCUACCACGCGGCCAAACAGUCAAAGCUGCCCGUGACUUUUAACGAGUCAAUGAUCGUCGUCACUCCACAGAUCGCAGGCGACGAGUCGGACCCGCGGAUGCCUCUGAAUUAUGCACACGGCGAGCCAGAGGGAUCCGCUCCUACUGCUCGUAAUAUUGACCCCACCGUCACAAGCAACCAAGCGGCUCCGCCCACCAUUACAGUUAGCUGUCAGGCGCCUGGCGAUACCUCAACUCCAUCGAAGGCGUACGCACGGGUUCCACACUACAACACCACGAGUGCGCUCCCAUCCUCAUCGGGGUCAUCACCUUGGGGGCAGCCCAGUUAUUCCGAUCGGAGGGGCGUACCCAGCGACUACGUCCAAUACCCCUCGUACGCGACGAGCGCCUCACAGGACGACGAGGGGCUACCCACGGAUAUUGAUCCGCAGCUUCUGGAGAUUGACUGGGAACUCUGGGACAUAAUGUUCCCGCCCCAGGCGAACGAUGGAAAUCUAGAUUUGGCUGAUUCGUAUGAGUGGGAUUCUCAGCGGCAGGGUGUUUAUUUGGGCCAGGGGUCGUUUUCGGAGUAGAGACCUAAUAACGGUG